AUGGGGGGUACUCACCAUGAACCUCUCGGGGCCAUGGGUCCUGUCGAGUGGGAACAGGUGCCCCAAGAUGAUCUCAACGAAUUCAUCGCCGACAUCUUCUCCGAGACACAGACUGUUGUAGAAUCUAUUCCGGGCCCAGCACCAAAGGAAUCCUCAACCACCGGAGGGCGCGCACGUUCGAAGACGGAAUCAGCGGCUUCAGCUCCAGAGGCCAAGCGAGCUCUGACGCUACGACAGACGGCCGAAGCUAUCAGCCAUUCGCAAGAUCUACAGAAGGAGUGGAAGGAGAUCAAAGUUAACGCCAAAGAUAAUCCUCUUGGGAUCAACGUCUACAAGCUUGGCGCCAAAGAUGGACGAGGCGCAUGGUUUGCCCGAAGAAGUGUACAUGAGGGACUCUCGUUUGACGACUGGAAGAAGGGCCUUUCAGUUGAGUUUUCGGAGACGAUGAAGGUUCAAGGUGCUCCUGGCAGUGGUAACAUUCGUGGCAUUGGUGCCGAUAAGCGGGUUGAGGAGAAGACCAUCGGCGAUCAUGGCCACCUACAAGUCUUUCAACUAUCUGCCCAGUUCCCAGGCCCGACUGCCCCACGAGACUUUGUGACGCUACUUUUGACUUCCGAGACCUCCGUAAGCCCCGGCCAGGGAUCACGCCCUCUUCGGCAGUAUAUGAUAGUAUCAAAGCCGUGCGAGCACCCCGAAUGCCCUCCUCGUCAGGGUAUCAUCCGUGGUUACUACGAAUCGGUUGAGGUCAUUCGUGAAGUCCCUAUCGACAACUUUGCAUCCAGGAGAUCACUGUCGUCGGCCGAUUUACUCGAACGAGACGAGAACAAGUUAUUAAGCCAAAACCCCGGCACUGAGCCGAAACCUCUCAACAAACCUCCUACGGCUGUUGAGUGGCUCAUGGUUACCCGUAGUGAUCCUGGUGGUAGUGUCCCACGUUUUCUUAUCGAGAAGGGAACGCCACCAGGAAUCGUCGGUGAUGCUGGCAAGUUCCUUAAGUGGGUGACUUCGAAAGCAGCGCAUGGUUUUGCAGAGCCUGAAGAACCUGCUGCGGCUCCAAAGACAGCCGGAGGCACUGAAGCACCUGUGUCAGAAAAGCGACAGCCUUCAACUACACCAGCCCCUACAACUAACAUCGAAGCGAAUAAAGUUAAGACUGUCAAUUUGCAGAACCAAGACGACCCAUUCCCUGGAAGCAAUGGCCUGUAUGGCGUUAUAACUGGUGCCAUAGGUGCUGCCAGCUCUUACAUUCCUACUAGCUUAUUGAAGACUUGGGGAACUGGGUCUGACAUGGCGUCCUCGGAUACUAAUGGAUCGGACAUUCAUGCCAUUGCUGAAGAGCACCACCAUGAGGUCGAUAGCGAUACCUCUUCGAUCCGGAGCUUUGCGUCUGCGCUGGAGAAGAGUGUGACCGCUGAGGGCAAGGCAAAUGGAAGCGCAGUUGAGUCGCACUCUGAAACUUCCCACUCCAAUCCACAACAGUCGCUGGCCGACAAAGAGCUUAAGAAGCUUGAGCACAAGAAGAAGAAGCUCGAUGAGAAGCUGGCCCGCAUAGAGGAACGUCGGCAAAGCAAGCUUGUCGGUGAUAAGGAGAAGGAUGCUGCUGUGCUGGCCAAGCUGCGCGAGAAGCAUGAAAAGGAGGUAGCCAAACAGGAGGAAAAGUAUCGACGCGAAAUGCGUAAGCUCGAGGAGAAGCGUGAGCGAGAUCAACGCAAGGCUGAAGAGCGACGACGCAAAGCGGCCGAGCAGGAGGAGAAGAACAACCUGUCUCUUGAGCUCGAGCGCGUACGUGCAGAGAGAGAUGUCGCUCAGCGUCAGAUUGAACUUCUUGAAGGCCAAGUCGGAGAGUUGCAGGCACAAAACACAAUGCUUGUUCGCAAAUUGGGUAAGAACGGUUUGCUGGACGGCGUUGAUUCUCCAGCGUCGUCUGUCAAAAGCCUACAGCGAGCCAACACAGAAAUUUGA